AUGGACAAGCUGCUGCUCUGGGUGUCUGUCCUCACCACUCUCCCUGGAGUCCUUGCUCAGACAGACCUCAGCGGGAAGGUGUUUGUGUUCCCUAAAGAAUCUUCUAGUGACCAUGUGAGCCUAAUCGCAGAGCUGGACAAACCGCUACAGAACUUUACCCUGUGUCUUCGAGCCUUUAGUGACCUCUCCCGUGGCUACAGCCUUUUCUCCUACAAUGUCCAGAAGAAGGAUAAUGAGCUACUACUUUUUAAAGAAAAAGAUGGACACUAUAAUCUAUACAUUGGUAAAACCAAAGUCACUUUCAAAGUUGCAGAGGAGAUCCCUGCCCCGGUGCACCUGUGUGUCAGCUGGGAGUCCUCCACUGGCAUUGCUGAAUUUUGGGUCAAUUCAAAGCCUUUGGUAAAAAAGGGGUUGAACCAGGGUUACUCUCUGGGAACUCAGCCCAAGAUCAUCCUGGGCCAAGAGCAGGAUUCCUAUGGAGGAGGGUUUGAUAAGAGCCAGUCCUUUGUGGGAGAAAUAGGGGAUGUGUAUAUGUGGGACUCUCUGCUGACCCCAGAUGAGAUCAAGACUUUGUAUCACAACGGCUACCUUCGCCCCAACAUCCUUAACUGGAAGGCUCUGAAAUAUGAGAGGAAAGGCUAUGUCAUCAUCAAGCCCCGGGUGUGGAGCUGA